GCGGGGGACCCCACAGACAGCCAGGCUCCCAGGAUGGGGCACCCUCGGGGCUUCAGUUUCCCUCGCAUCUCCAGGCUCGCUCUGCAGGCGACCUGCCAGAAGAGGGGUCCGUGGAGAGAGCGGGAGACGAGGGGCGCCUAGCUGAGGAAGAAAGCUUGUCUCCUAGCGAGUGUCGAGGUCCCGGGGUUCGUGCAUCGGUCUGUCCGUCCGUUUGUGUGUUCUCGUGGUGAACACGGAGGACCCCCGGUCUCUCUGGGAGAAACUUGGGUCUGCGGCUGGCACGAGGUCUUUGUGUCCGGGUGUCUCUCCGGCUGCGAGUGGUUUUCCGCGUCUCCGCUGGGGGGCGGGGGACAGGGGGCGGGGUGGGGGAGGGUAUGAGGGUGUCGCGUCGUCCUUCCCCCACCCCCCUCGCCCCUAUAACUCGCUCCCUCGGUCCCUCUCGGACUCGGACUCGGGGCGGGUGCGCGACUGAGCCGGCGCCUCUCGCCGACUUUGCCAAGAGGGCGCCUCCUGCCCGAGCCGCGCGGACCCUGCGUCGGACGCAACCCCAGGCGGCUGCCGAGCCGAGGCGGGAGCCCGAGCCGAGUCGAGCUCGCUGGAGCGGCUGUGCUGGAUGCCCUGGAGGAACAAGGAGGCCUCCAGUCCCUCUUCUGCUAAUCCCCCCUUGGAAGCCCUCCAGAGCCCCAGCUUCAGAGGCAACAUGGCAGACAAGCUGAAGGACCCCAGCACCCUGGGCUUCCUGGAGGCGGCCGUGAAGAUCAGCCACACAUCCCCAGAUAUCCCAGCUGAGGUGCAGAUGUCGGUCAAGGAGCACAUCAUGCGUCACACGCGGCUGCAGCGACAAACUACAGAGCCAGCGUCAUCCACCAGGCACACAUCCUUCAAGCGCCACCUGCCAAGGCAGAUGCAUGUCUCCAGUGUAGACUAUGGCAAUGAGCUUCCGCCAGCCGCAGAGCAGCCCACCAGCAUCGGCCGCAUCAAGCCCGAGCUCUACAAGCAGAAGUCGGUGGAUGGGGACGAUGCUAAGUCUGAGGCCACCAAGAGCUGCGGGAAGAUCAAUUUCAGCCUUCGCUACGAUUAUGAGACCGAGACCCUGAUUGUGCGUAUCCUGAAGGCUUUCGACCUCCCUGCCAAGGACUUCUGUGGGAGCUCUGACCCUUACGUCAAGAUCUACCUCUUGCCCGACCGCAAAUGCAAGCUGCAGACCCGGGUGCACCGCAAGACCCUGAACCCCACCUUCGACGAGAACUUCCACUUCCCCGUGCCCUACGAGGAGCUGGCUGACCGCAAGCUGCAUCUCAGUGUCUUCGACUUCGACCGCUUCUCCCGCCAUGACAUGAUUGGAGAGGUCAUCCUGGACAACCUCUUUGAGGCCUCUGACCUGUCUCGGGAAACCUCCAUCUGGAAGGACAUUCAAUACGCCACGAGUGAAAGCGUGGACUUGGGAGAGAUCAUGUUCUCCCUCUGCUACCUGCCCACAGCAGGCAGGCUCACCCUCACGGUGAUUAAGUGUCGGAACCUCAAGGCGAUGGACAUCACAGGCUAUUCAGAUCCCUAUGUCAAAGUGUCCCUGCUUUGCGAUGGGCGGAGGCUGAAGAAAAAGAAAACAACCAUAAAGAAAAACACUCUCAAUCCUGUCUACAACGAGGCCAUCAUCUUUGACAUUCCCCCGGAAAACAUGGAUCAAGUCAGCCUGCUCAUCUCAGUCAUGGACUAUGACCGAGUGGGCCACAAUGAGAUCAUAGGAGUCUGUCGUGUGGGAAUCAAUGCUGAAGGGCUGGGCAGGGACCACUGGAAUGAGAUGCUGGCAUACCCCCGGAAGCCCAUCGCACACUGGCACUCCUUGGUGGAGGUAAAGAAAUCCUUCAAAGAGUGGCAGGGCCGAGCUGCCAGCUUCGACAGCGAGAGCUCGUGCCCAUCUCCGAAACCGCCUCCGACACCAUGAGCUGCGCGGCCGAGUAACCCCAGCGGGACUUAGCAGUGUUCUCUUUGCACUUGUUCAACCGUCUAAACCGUAUUGUGCAGUUGCGGCGGCGGCAGCGGCGGCCGUCGUCACCCAGAGCCUUACCUGCUCCUGUGUAGGUCAAGGCCGAGACACUUGUCAUGUGGUCAGAUCUGUCUUAGUCUUUUCUGUCUCCCAAGGUGAUGUUUUUGUGGUUUUUCACUUUUUAUGGGUCUGCCGUUAAGAAAAGAAAAAAAAAAAAAAAGAGUAGGAAAAGACAAAGGGCGGAAAGCCCAGAGAUUGGUUCUAGAAAAUACAAUGAAUAGUCUUUUGGAAAGAGGUGGAUUGAGUUUCUGAAAUGCUGUGUCUCCACAGCCCCAGAAAAGGAGGAGGCGCGGUGGGACUGCAGCCGGAUUUUCAGUGCCCUGCAGGAAUGAGAUGAAUUUAUGGAAGGGCCUUUGUGGGGUGAAUUACUAGCCUUUGAAGCUGUUUGCUGGCGGGACGUAAAUCGCGUUGGGACCCUCAGUCCCGUGUUGAAAUCACAAGACCUCUGAGGCGCCUGUGAGCCUUCAGCUGAUGUGCAGGGCUCCUCACUCGCCUUCCUGGUUGGCUCUCCUCAUGAAUCGAAAACGUCUUGAUUCCUCAUGGGACCUUAGUCAACUUUCUUUAGGAAUGAUUCCGCUGAAACUAAACAUGCCAUAUGUUUUCUGAUGCACCACAGUUAAUGAUCACAUUUGUUUGAAAACAGGGUCUUUGUUCUCAGAAUAAGCUUCAUUGUAAAGUAAGAGAGAUACGUAUGUUCUGGAAUGAUUUUAUACAUAGCUUUAUAAUUCCAGGAAGCAUCAAGCCACUGUUUAAAAUGCCUAAACAGGUUACAGAAAAAGCUAGAUUAAAUGUUCUUUUCCAAAUGGGGAGUUUUGAAAUCCAAGUAACAGUUUAAGUCCGUCUUUCUAUGAAGAGUGUCUUUUUGUUUGAAACCAAGUGAGCGUAAGCCUCUUUCAGCCCCUGUGGCUCUGGAACGAUAUUCACCUUAAACUUUAGUUCUAUAAAUUGCUAAGUACUUCCGCUUUGUUUGUUUCAGUGGUUGUGAGGGUUUCUUGUUUCCUUUAGAUCUCUACCCUAGGCCAAACUCAGUUUAGGAAAAAACAAUUAUUUGAACUAUCCUGUGUUGUAGCAGCACAUUUCUGUUCAGUUAAUAGUGGACUUGCCCCAACCCCUAAAACCAGGUUGAUGUGCUCAAUCUCAGUUUGUAUAACCCGAGUAAGCGCAUGGAGGUGAUUUUCUACCUGACUUGUGACUAAGCAGUGCUGCUUCCCAGAGCUGUGUGUAAUACUUGCAAGAGGCAAGUCUGCUGGAGAACCCCUUCUUUUCACAGUGGAAAGUCAAGAAGAGAAAAUCUGUUCCCACACCUGUGUCUUAUUCUUUAUAUGUGUUACAUGCUAAAGGGGCAGCAACCAAUGAAGUGGCCCUCGUUUUAAACCAAGGUGUCAGAUUUCUCUGCUGAUAUAACUCUGUAUAGUGUCUUCUAGCCCGAAAAAUGACCAGGUUGGGCAUGAGCUAACAGGAUAUUGUGAUAAAAAGAGUUUUCUGCUUCGAAAAGUAAAUGGAGAUAAACCUACACUCUACCCCGUACUGAGCCUUGGGCUAGGACUCAUGUGUAAAGAUGACUUUUCUCCCCAAAUAUCCUGUGAUUGGCAGGCCUUCCUAGUCCGGCAGUCCUGCAUUUGGAUGUUCUCUUGAGAGUGAGAAAAAAACCCAAGGUCAUGACAAGAUUCCUAGAAGGUGACAAACUUCAUUACGAUUCUGACUCUAGACUGACCCCAUCAAGACAGUCAUUUCCGUCAGUGAACAGAUGCCGUGGGCCUUGCAAUUACAAAGGGGACGAUUGCAUUUCCUGGGUCAUAAGGAACCCAGAAAUUAGUUUGAGAAGUCCCUUCGGGAAGUGAACUCAAAAUGCAUGUCCAGCUGUCACCGCUAAACCCUUAGGCAGGUGCAGAUAACCCAUUCUCACCUCUUGGAGAAGGGCAUGUGAUCAAUGUGAAUAGCAAUAGCAUCGCUCGUCUGAGACAUCCCUUUUAUAUCCAAGCGGCUAUCUCCCAUGAGUGAACAGCCCAGUGGUUUCAGAAAAUCAUUUCCUGAACAGAUUCUAGCCAGCCCCACACCACCCUGGCCAGCUGCAAACCGCUGCUGCUCUAGCAGCCUUGGUCUAUUCCUACAGGCUUGGGAGCCCACCCCAGGGAGGCUUUUAGCUCCUGCAGCCUCACCCCAGCACCCUCAAGAGAGACUAGUCCUCAACCUGAAUCAUGAAUGAAACCUGAACAUCCGCCAACUUCAUUAUCUAGCCCAGUAUCUCUCCCCUCACAGAGGAGAAAAACGUUGAAAUACAAAGUCGAUCCAUUUGUUGGCUUUCUCUGGCCAGAGAAACCACUCGAGUUGUUGCUGUGAGUGAGCUUUGAUAAAGUUGUGAUAACCAGGGCCAUUUGCACAUAGGUUUUUUUAAAAAACACGGAAAGUUCCCUUCUCCUUUACUUAGCAGUGUUUCUGAGCUGAAAGAUGCCCUCCUCCCACGCUGCACUUACCCAGGACGUUAAUUAAUUGCAUUGUCAUUUAAAAUAUUAUGUUGUUAAUUACUGCUUUGUGUCUUCCCACCACCUCCCCCCGGCCCCACUCCGUCACAGCCUGGAGUUUUUAUUCAAUUAAAUCUCUGUCUCUUGCCCAUUUCUCUUGUCACUAUGUUCCUGGGGUUUAGCAGCCAGCACAUGCACAGGACAUCGCAGAGCUUUUCUUUUCAAUCUUUGCUUCACAUAGAGAACCACUUCCCUUUUAUCAGUGGUAGAGCAGAAGGCCUGUCUGGUUUUUGUUCUGCUCAGGGAAUAUCUGUGUACCCCUUCAGGCUGGAAUCCACCUGUGUUUUGUCAGGCUUGUGGCUCGGAAAGCAUUCGGCGCUCAGGGCUCCACUGUUCCCUCAGCUGUUCAGCUGAACAAGCAGUCCCUCCAGAUGCUGAAGCUCCCCUCAGGGUGUGGGCCAUACACUUACUUCUGGGAAGUACAGUGCUGUCACCCACCAGCAGAGGAAUCCUGCUGGCCGUUGUAAAACACAACUUGGCAAAGCCAUGGGAAAAUACUUUUGCAGCCCCAAAAAUUAAAAAAAAGAACAUUCUAAUGUGAUAGAAUAUCUCUCUGCUCGCCUGUGGCUUUUAAUUAAUUUAGAGAACAGUCCUUAGAGAGGAGAGUGGGACGGACCAUCCAUUCCUGCACAACUGCAUCUAAAUGAGGGGCACACUCUCCUGCCUGAAGCGCACUCUCCUCCCCUUGCCAGGGCCUUUCCAUCAGGUCACCCAACAGCCAGCUGGAUGCGGCGAUGUACUGGUCACAUCUAGAGCUGAUAAACCAAAGGGGUCAGUGUGCUGGUGUGGGCUGGGCUAUGCUGCACUUACAACCUGCAGAUUGCAGUGGCUGAAAACAACAAAGGCUUAUUUCUCAUCCAAGAUAAGCACUCAUCACAGGUCAGCUAGGAGCUUUGCUCAUUGCAUUUAUUCAGGGGACUCAGGAGGACAGAGCAGCCGAGGACUUAAACACUGCUAGUUGCCACCCCUGAGGGAAAAGAGCACUUGAAAGGCUCUCCUACUGGCCUGAAUGCUUUUCUUCACAGUCCAUUGUCAGAACUACUGAUAGGGUCUCCCAAAACAUAAGAGGCUCAAGUUCCCUGGGGAAAGAAAACUGAAAAUACUGAGUUAGCAGCACCUGGGAAGACCACAGUGAACGUUAACAGGCCUGUGGAGACUGACAGCUACUGAACGAUGGAUUCAGAAACACUAACACAGGCGUCCAUGUGUUCUAUUCAUUGUCAAAUGACUUGCCCACAGAAAGCUUUUAGUCUAGUACAAUGGCAUUGAGUAACAAUAGUUCAAGGUAGAAAAUGGAAGCGCAGUUAGGGAGGUGAAGUAAAAGCCUAUAGAGGUCCAAGAAAGAACAUCAGCUGGGCGAGGUGGCUGACGCCUGUAAUCCCAGCACUUUGGGAGGCUGAGGUAGGGAGAUCAUGAGGUCAGGAGUUCAAGACCAGCCUGGCCAACAUGGUGAAACCCCAUCUCUACUAAAAAUACAAAAAUUAGCUGGAUGUGGUGGUGGGCACCUAUAAUCCAAGCAACUUGGGAGGCUGAGGCAGGAGAAUCACUUAAACUCAGGAGGUGGAGGUUGCAGUGAGCAGAGAUGCUGCCACUGUACUCCAGUUUGGGUGACAGAGCAAAACUGUGUCUCAAAAAAAAAAAAAAGAAGAGGAAAGAACAUCACAACUCAGCGGAAUAAGUAGCAACUUCAGGUGCGAAGUGGCUCUGCUCUAGGCAUUGAGGCUGAGUGGGAUUUGGAGGUGUGAAAGCUGUAAGGAGGAGGCAUAUUGCAGACUGAGGGGCCCAUACAAGUGAGGGUCCAGAGCAGGAAUUCCUAGGCUGCACUACCCCGCAUCGAGGGGAAACCGUGAACUCCCUGAGUUCAAGUGCCACCCUGCUUGCACUGGUCAGCCCAGGAAGAGUACAGGACUUCUGCCCAUGGAGCCCUGCUGUCCCCGGCUCUGAGCCCCACUCCAUCAGACUCUAGACCUGGCCCCUGCGUUGCUCUUGCCAACAGCCUCCUCUGGGAACGGGAUCUGCUGCCCCACUUUCCAUUGGUGGCUUGGCACCUGCUCCUCUGACUUUGAAACUCAGGCUAGUAGUCUCACUCUAUCCACUUAACCAGCCUCUCCUCCCUGGGCUAUUUCUCAGCCAGAAGCCACUUGGGACUUUAUGAUCCGUGCCACGUUCUGCUCUCCUUCAGUAUGAGUCUUAUCCAGGGGUCUGAUUCCUUAGUAGAGGGAACAGAACCAGCCUCUCCCCAGCUUUUCCCUGGCUGGUUCGUAGCCCGUGUGGAGAGACUGGAGGUGAAGAGAUGGCAAGGCAAUUGUGGCCAUCCACUCAAGAGGGAGUGUAGGGCUGACCCAGACACAGGCAGGGCACCUGUGCAACAUGUGGUGGUCACAGCCAGAUAUGGUGGCUCACACCUGUAAUCCCAGCACUUUGGGAGGCCAAGGUGGGAGGAUCACUUGAGCCCAGGAGGUUGAGACCAGCCUGGGCAACAAGGUGAGAUCCCAUCUCUAUUUUUUAAAAAUGUGAUGGUCACAGAGGGAAAACGCAACAUGGCUGACAGCUGAGCUCAUCUGGAAGACAAGGAGAGGAAAGGGGGUGUCCCAAGUGUAUGUUUUUAUACCUUGGAAACCAAGUGUUCUAUGCCUUCCACAGAAACCAGAAAUUCAGCAGAACAAAAAAAAAUGAUGAGCCCAGUUUGGGCCAAACUCAGUUUGAGAUGCUGGAGGGAUGUCCAGCCAAUAGCUGCAGUUCAGGACGCAGCCCGGCAGCAAGGUCAGGUGUGAGACAUUAGUUCACAGAAACCGUACACGACAAAGCGAUGUGAAGACAGGAGGCUGACCCUGCGAAGCGAGGACAACAAGGGAGCCUAAAAAGAGGUUCUUUGGGAACCAUCAACCUUUAGAGGUCAAGGGAAAAGAAAGUGAUUCGAAUCAUGAUGGAGAAGUGCUCGAGCAAAGCUGAUCGAUGCAAAUGCUGAUGGACACAAACAGACCAAUCACAGGCUUCCUAAAAUGAUUCUUCCUAACAAGUGAAUUCAAGUUGCUUCAAUAUAACUUGAUUCACAAAAGUCCAUUUUCACCUAUGUUUGCAAGCCACCAACUGUUUUUUUUUUCUCCCCUCAGCUCAACCCUUGAUGUUUUGAAAAGAGCUAUGGUAAAAUACACAUAACAUAAAAUUUACCAUUUUUAAUUGUAUAGUUCAGAGGCAUUAAGUAUAUUCACACUGUUGUGCUACCAUCCACACCUCCAUCCACAAAGGUCUUUCCAUCUUGCAAAUCUAAAACUCUCUACCCAUUAAACACUAACACCCCAUUCCUCCCGUCCCCCAGCCCCUGGCCACCACCAUCCUAUAUUCUGUCUUUAUGAAUUUGACUACUCUAAGUACUUCAUAUGAGUGGAAUACACAGGCUUGUUCUUUUGUGGCUGGCUUAUUUUACUUAGCAUGAUGUCCUCAACAGAUGUUGCAGAAUAUGUCAGAAUUUCCUUCUGUUCCAGGCCGAAUAAUAUUCCAUUGUACAGAUGUGCCACAUUUUGCUUAUCCAUUCACUCAUCAGUGGCUACUUGGGUUGCUUCCAUGUUUUAGCUAUUAUGAAUGAUGCUACUAUUGUACACUGCAGGUGUGCAAAUAUCUCUUUGAGACCCUGCUUUCAGUUCUUCUAGGUGUAUACCCAGAAAUAGAAUUGCUGGACUACACAGUAAUUCAGUUUUUAGUUUCUGAGGAAGCCCAUACUGUUUCCCAUAGCGCCUGCACUAUUUUAUUACAUUCCCAUCAGCACUGCCCAAGAAUUCCAGGUUCUCCACAUCUUCACCAACCCUCACUUUUAUGAUAGUAGCCACCCUGAUGAGUGUGAAGUAGUAUCUCAUUGUGGUUUUGAUUUGCAUUUUCCUGAUGGUUAGUGAUGUUGACCAUCUUUUCAUGUGCUUAAUGGCCAUUUGUGUAUUUUCUUUGAAAAAAUGUCUACUUAAGCCCGUUGCCCAUUUUGAAUUGGAUUGUGUUUGUUGUUAUUGUUGAGUUGUAGGAGUUCUGUAUGUAUUCUGGAGAUUAAUCUUUUACCAGAUAUGUGAUUUGGAAACAUUCCCUCCCGUUCCGUGGGUUGCAUUUUAACGCUGUUGAUCAUGUCCUUUGAUGAAAUCACAAAAGUUUUUAAUUA